GGCAGGUCCUCCCGAGCGACAGCCCAGCCCCUCCCUUUCCGUGUGUGGGUCCCGUUGGUUCGGCUCUGAGUGCAGAUGCUGCCUGGGGGGCGCCUGCCUGCUGGGAUCCGAAUUUCCUACCACCUCUAAUUCGGACAGACAGAACUUGGCAGAAGAUCAAGGGAUUCCUUCAUCUCUCUUGGAGGCUUCCUGAGAGCACAGAUGGAUGAGCAAGACUCAGCUGGCCCUGAAGGAGGAAGAGGCCAUGCCGUCAGAACUGGGUGCAGUGGGGGAUUCUGGGGAAACGCUGUGCAGAAGAUCCUGGGUGAGGAGGACACUCUCCACUCAGAGGUGCAGAGCCAGCAGUUCCGGCAGUUCUGCUUUCAGGAGGCCAAAGGACCCCGAGAGGUUUGCAGCCGACUCUACAACCUUUACCAUCGAUGGCUGAAGCCAGAAAGGCACACGAAAGCUGAGAUGCUGGACCUGGUGAUCUUGGAGCAGUUCCUGGCUGUCCUUCCCCCAGAGAUGGAGAGCUGGGUGAGGGAAUGCGGAGCAGAGACCAGUUCCCAGGCAGUGGCCCUGGCCGAAGGUUUCCUCCUGAGUCAGGCAGAGGAGAGAAAGCAGAGACAGGUUCUGUUUGCAGAAAUGGGCCCAGAUUCCUCUGAGAGUGAAAGGACUCCGUUGGACACCAGAGAGAGGCUGCUGGGUGACUGGAUGAUGCCAGCUAGACCUCCUCUUCCAUUUGUUCAUGGUGGUGAAGGAGAAGCAACGGCUGUGGAACCAGAUCAGGGUCCAGUGUGCUUUGAAGAUGUCGCUGUUCAUUUCACAGACGAGGAGUGGGCGUUGCUGGAUCCUGACCAGAGAGCUCUGCAUAAGGAAGUCAUGGAGGAGAAUCACGGGAUCAUGGCCUCUCUCAGUGGUGAUGAUUUGGAAAUUGAGAGCGAGGGCACCCAUGACAGAAUCCACACAGUGGAGAAGCCAUUGCCGCUCUUGGAGUGUGGAGAGAGCUUCAGUCACAGCUCCUAUUCGACUACCCACCAAAGAAAUGCUAUUGGGAAGAAACCCUCUCAGUUCUCUGAAUGGGGAAAGACUUUCUGUUGGAAUGAAAGCCUCACUUCACAGGAAAUAAUUCACACAGGGGAGGACCCACUGAAAUACUUGGAAUGUGGAAAGAGCUUCAGUAAGAGUGCACAUCUCAUGUCGCAUCAAAUAACUCACAGCAGGGAGAAAGCCUGUCAGUGCUUGGAAUGUAGGGAAAGCUUUAAUACAAGCACAACCUUCUAUAAACACCAGAGAAUUCACAGGGGGGAGAAGCCAUUUCAAUGCCAAGUGUGUGGAAAGAGCUUCAGUCAGAGCACCCAUCUCAUAGCCCAUAAAAUAAUUCAUACAGGCGAGAAACCCUAUCAGUGCUCAGAAUGUGGGAAGAGCUUCAAUCACAGGGCGAAUCUCACAGCCCAUCAAAGAAUUCACAGUGGUGAGAAGCCCUAUCAGUGCUCAGAAUGCGGGAAGAGUUUCACUGUGAGCUCCGGUCUCACUUCCCACCAAAGAAUUCAUACUGGGGAGAAACCCUAUCAAUGCGUGAAUUGUGGGAAAAGCUUCAGCCAGAAGGCAAGUCUCAUUUCCCACCAAAGAAUUCACACAGGGGAGAAACCCUAUCAGUGCUUGGAAUGUGGGAAGAGCUUCAGUCGGAAGCAAAGUCUCACUACCCAUCAAAGAAUUCACAGUGGUGAGAAACCCUAUCAGUGCUUGGAAUGUGGAAAGACUUACUGCCAUAGGGCCAAUCUCACCUCCCACCAAAGAAUCCACACAGGGGAGAAACCCUAUCAGUGCUUGGAAUGUGGAAAGAGCUUCAGUCACAGGGCCCAUCUCGCUACCCAUCAAAGCAUUCAUACCGGGGAGAAACCCUAUCAGUGCUUGGAUUGGGGAAAGAGUUUCUGCCAGAGAGCCGAUCUCACUUCCCACCAAAGAAUUCACACAGGGGAGAAACCCUAUCAGUGCUUGGGAUGUGGGAAGAGCUUUAAUCACAGUGUCAAUUUCAUGGCAGACCAAAGAAUUCAUACAGGUGAGAAGCCCUACCAGUGCUCAGAAUGUGGGAGCUCUGGUCUCACUUCCCACCAAAGAAUUCUGCCAGGGAGUUACAUUUCUCUCUUCACAGUAAUUGCCACUUCACACCGUUGACGUUUUUAUGGUUUUAUUUACAAGUAUUUACAUUGUGAGCUCAUCACAAUUAGUUUGACUCUGUUGAAUCAGAUACCGCCAAUGACCUUUUCCUCUUUUCCCAGCACUUAAAGUGUGGGAACUUUAUAACUCUACUCUCACUCCGCCUCUUCUCCUCGUAAAUCUCCCUCCUCCCUCCGAUUCAGAGCUUAACCCUUGCGGUGCCUGUGAGGUUGCUGGUUCACUUCCCCCUCUUUCCUGAUCCCCUGCAUUUAAAGAGUCUAACAUUUCCAUGCUGGGCUCUCCUACCCCCUCCUCUGCUGCUUCUGGUUCUAACCGAAAGCUCUCUUCCAUGUCAGGGGAUUCCGAACUACUGAUUCUGCCCUGAUAAAUUCAUUCUGGGGAAAAACCCUGUCAGUGCUUCAAUUGUGGAAAGAGCUUCACCCAGAAGGAAAGUUUCACUUCUUAUCAAAGAAUUCACAGUGGUGAGAAACCCCAUCAGUGCUUGGAAUGUGGAAAGAGCUUCAGUCACAGGGCCCAUCUCGCUACCCAUCAAAGCAAUCAUACCGGGGAGAAACCCUAUCAAUGCGUGAAAUGUGGAAAGCCAAUCUCACUUCCCACCAAAGAAUUCACACAGGGGAGAAACCAUAUCAGUGCUUGGAAUGUGGGAAGAGCUUCGGAAAGAGGACCAAGCUCAUGGCCCAUCAAAGCAUUCAUACAGGGGAGAAUCAUAGAAUUUUAGACCUGCAAGGACCCCUGGGUCGUCUAGUCCACUGCAGGACUCUCAACUAAAGCAUUCAUGACAUAUUCAAACUUCUCCUUACAAACCUCCAAGGAAGGAGAGUCCACAACCUACCAAGGGCAUCUUAAUUUGACACCAUUGGUUUGGGUCCCAGCCUCCAGAGCCGGUGAAAACGAGCUUCUUCGAUCUUCCACGUGACAGCCCUUUCUGUUCCUCAGAAGGCUUAAUUGUUUCCCAACGCUUAAUUGUCUUGGUCACCCCCCCCUCUGCACACCUUCCAGCUUGUCAAAAUCCUUCUUAAAUUGGGGCACCCAGAACUGGACACAGGACUCCAGGUGUGGUCUGAACAAGGCAGAAGAAAGUGGGGCUAUUACUUCCCUUGAUCUGGACACUUGACUUCUUUGGACGCAGUCUAAAAUAACAGCCUUUUUCACUGCUGCAUCAUACUGUUGACUCAUGUUAGUCUUGUGGUCCACUAAGACCCCAGGUCUUUUCCGCAUGUACUACUGGCAAGCCCAGUGUCCCCCAUCUUAUAUUUGUGCAGCUGAUUCUUCUUGCCCAAGUGCAGAAUCUUACCUUUCUUCUUAGUGAAAUCUAUUGGUUGCCUUUAUAUACCACCUGUUUCUUCAAGAAGCUCAGUGUGGUGUAUAGUGGUUCUCCCCCUCAUCAUUUAAUCCUGACAACAACCCUGUGAGGCAGCUUAGGCUGUGAAGCCAUCACCCAGUGAGCUUCAUGGCUGAGUGGGGACUUGAACCCAGGUCUCCCAGGUCCUAGUCCAAAACUCUUAAGCACUGUACCACACUGACUCUCGAAUGAGACUCUUGACAAGUGCAUGCAUGUGCGUUUACUGAAAGUCUCAGUGCAAUGUCUUGGUGUUUGUAUUUAAAGUUGUAUACAUAUGUAUCAAUGACAUUAAUAUAUUAAUGGUAAUUACAGUAUAAUAGUAAAUUUUAGGAAAUGCUAGAUGGUGAUAGGGUUAGUUUGGAAUGCUGGGAUUGAAAAAUUGAACUGAACAAUUUCCACAUAAAUCACAACAAGAUCUAAAAUAUAAAUACAAAAUGCCAACAGCAACAACGCCCCCCCCCCCGAAAACGCAGCAGCCUCAGAUUUUUCAGCUGGAGUCAAUCCUAGUUCCGCCCUCCCAGGCCAGGUGGAAAAGGCCUGCAAAGCAGGAAGCUGCUCUUCCAGGACUCCUGCCAUGAUGGUCCUCUUCAACAGGCCUCUCAGCAGCUUCAGCCUUUGUAGCUGGAGUCUGUCCACCCAUCAGUCACUCCAGGCCUCGCCUUCCCAAGCCAAAUGGAAAGGUCUCUAAGGAGGGAGCAGAUCUCCCAGGACUUGCAGCCAAGAUGGUUUCUGGCCUCUUCAGUAGAGACCAUUGGAGGGGGGAAUGGAAUGGGAGAGUGGUGGCAAUUGUGGAGCAGGGCUGGUUAGAUCAGUAGGAGAGAGACAGCAUUAUAAUCCCCAUUGUUGCAGGUGUAAUAAAGUUUCAGGAAGAAAGAAAAGGAACGAGAACAUUUGAAAGCACAUGUUUAUGUACACAAAGUUACCUUGAAACCCUUGUCUAUUUUUUAAAUAAAUCAGUUGAAUGAAUCGAUGCACACCUCCUUCUUUGUUAUGUUUGGGGUGAAGUGUUGAAGAGUUCUCUGGGAUGGCGGCAGGAAUAAAGGGGAGUUUGUUGAAAAAUCCAUCUCCUGGCUGUGCACCUUGAAUGAAAUGGGAAGGUGGCGCAGGGAUGGGCGGGCAGGGCCAGAGCCCCUCUGAACAAAGGCUGUGGGGACUUAACAUGGGGAGCUAAACGAGACCUCUGCAGAGGACACUCAGAGCGUUCAAAGCACUUCAUAAAAACAAACUCUGCUGUCUUUACAAUAUCCCUAUGAGGUGGACCUAUAACAUUUCCCCAUUGAUGCAGGAAGUGAAGAGGAGGAGAGCCGAGUGGGGCGUGAAGCAAAGACUCUCUUCCUUUGUCCUCUUGCAAGUUGCACACACACAAUGCACUCUGAUUUGCGCUGCCCAUUCACAUCUGUUUUAGGCCCCCAGCAUUUACUGAAACGGUUUAG